AUGGUAGGCACGCCACUCAAGCGCGUGCUACGGUACCUGCAAGCGACUCCUACACUUGGUAUUCGUUUUAUUGGCGCUGGCAAUGGCAAGUUGGUUGGCUAUUCCGAUGCCGAUUGGGCUGGAGAUAUCGAUACUAGACGAAGCACCAGCGGCUACGUAUUUGUGCUUAACAACGGCUGCAUCAGCUGGCGUAGCAAGAAACAGCGCAGCGUGGCACUCUCGUCUACCGAAGCAGAGUACAUGGCACUGUCGGAGGCGACCCAAGAAGCGACGUGGCUCAAGACGUUCAUGCGUGAUCUCGGCGAAGAAGCAGGCGAUAACGCUUUAACUAUCUAUGAAGACAAUCAAGGUGCUAUUGCGUUGGCCGAGAACCCAGAGUUCCAUAAACGCACCAAGCACAUCGACAUUCGCUACCACUUCGUGCGAGAAAAGGUCGAAAAGAAUCAAGUCGUGCUACAGUACUGUCCGACGCAAGACAUGCUCGCUGACAUCAUGACCAAGGCAAUCGCAGCACCACAGUUUACCAUCCUCCGUACCAAACUCGGCAUCACUGUCGAUGUCGCUACCGAGUCGAGUGGGAGUGUUCUAAAAGAAAUGACUCGGCAUGCAAACGGCAACCACAAUAAUGUACGUGCAGACAAUUAG